UGAAGCGCUCAAAAACGUUGCUACUCAGUUUAAUGGAUAGCGUUAUUCGACCUUCGUGCAACUGAUCUCUUCUUUGGUAAUUUAUUGCUGUAUCCAGUUACAAGCGCGGAAGUGAAUCAGAAUGAUCUCGUGAUAAGCCCAUCACUUGCAUUUCAAUGAUGUGUACAUUACAAUACGAAGAAAGACAAAAUUGAAGAAAUAUUUCAAUAUAAAACUAUGACUCUACGUUGUGGAACGAAAAAAUAAGUGUGGGAAUGAGGAAAUAGUCGCUUUGGUCAUAUUUGAACUAAAGCAAGCAUAAUUUGGUCGACGAGGUUGUCAUAUAUGAAGUCUUACUUGUAAAACAAAGGAUAAAUAAUGGCUUCGCCACCUAAAAAAUUAAAGAUUGAGGAAAAUGGAUCUCGUUUGAGUAAACUUUUAAUCAAUAAAGGAACUCAAGCCUUAAAAAUAACAUUGCAAUCAUUAUUAAAGCCAGCAAGUUUAGCUUGUAAACUUAAAGAUCCCUCUACAAAGAAGAUACUAACAUCUUUGAAAUUUAAAGUCAUCAAGAAGGAGCAAUGGGAUCUUCUUUACCCGUCAGUUGGUGACCCUGACAUUGAAAACUUUGACAUCACAUUAUUAACUGUCUUAUUGCGAAAUAUAUGUGGUCUAAAAGCGCCGCAUGGUGGAUGGAAUAGUCUUCCUUCCUCUUCAGAUACCUUAGUCUCAGCAAAUAUUGCUAGAAUAAAGUUUUAUCGAAACAAAGUGUAUGGUCACAUAACUACAACUAGUGUAAAUGACAGUGAGUUUGAGGAUUUGUGGCAGGAAAUUUCAAAAGCAUUGGUUGGUCUGGGUAUUCAACAAAUUGAAAUAGGUGAAUUAAAGAAAGCUCCCCUCAGUACCGCCGAGGCAAAUCAUAUUGAAAUGUUAAAAGAAUGGUAUGAAGAAGACCAAAAGUUAAUCGAUGUUGCUGAGAAAACCAACGAAAAUGUAAAAGUAAUAAAUAGAAAUGUUGUAGAGAUGGCAACAAAAGUUGCGAACAUAAAUGAGGAUGUAAAGAAAACAAAAGCUGAUGUAGCAGGAGUGAAAAAAAUGUUACAGGACAAAACAUAUUCAGAUGUCAAAAAGCUUGGAAAGUGUAAUUUCAACGGUCUUAUAAAAGAUCUUAACAAGAAACACCUUGAAGGCACUAGACAAUGGUUAUUUGAAAAACUCGACACUUGGUUUAACGAUAGAAGUGAAAAUGCUUCUAAUGUCAUGGUUUUGAUUGCCGGUCCAGGUGUUGGUAAAAGUGUGUUUGCUGCUGAGUUGUGUCGACGAUAUUCUGAAAAGAAGAAACUUGCUGCUUGUCAUUUCUGCAGAUAUAAUAGAUCAGAUUAUAGAAAACCUCGAAUAUUGAUAGAAUCAUUGGCUAGUAGCAUGUGUGAUACAAUAUCAAAUUAUAAAAGUAAACUGAAUGAAGAAUUAGAGAGAAACCAUUCCAAAGAAUCUAUCACCGAUAAAUUCCGUGUUUUAUUAAAUGAUCCAUUGCAUUCAUUGGAAGAUCAUGAACCAAUGCUUUUGGUUAUUGAUGCUUUAGAUGAAAGCCAAGUUGAUGGCAAAAGUGAAUUGUUGGAAUUGAUUUCAGAAGAGUUUGACCGACUGCCUAAAUGGAUUAAAAUCUUCAUCACCAGUCGUCCAGAACUUCCUGUUCAAAAGGAGUUGAAAGACAUGAAUCCUGUGGAAAUUACAACUCAUCCUCGUGAUAUAAACAACGAAGAAGACCUGCUAAAGUAUUUGAAAAAUCAGUUGAAUGAUCGGGUGCAGAGAAAUCACAACGUUCUUGAAACAUUAGUUUAUAGAUGUGAGGGAUCAUUUCUUUAUGCUUAUCACGCACAAAUGAGCUUGAAAGAAGAAAAUAUUGAAGUUACUUUUAAAGACAUUCUACAAUUGGUCCCCAGUGGGUUAAACGGUGUUUACGCAAAGCAAUUCAAAAGAGCAAAAGAAUUGUUAACGAAGGAAAGUCCCAGAAAUUCUGUUAUCUCAGAAACUUCUUUUAUGCGAUUUCUUGAAUUGUUGGCUGCCUGUCGGGAGUUUUUACCAUUAACUUUACUGUUUAGCUAUUUAGGUUUUUCUGGUGACAUCAAGUUUGAAGUCCGCAGUAAAAUCAUUGAAUCGUUAUCUCAAAUUUUGCCAGUUUACGAUGAUUGUUUAACCGUGUAUCACAAAUCUCUCAUUGAUUGGUUGAAAUCAGAUGGUUACGAACAGCAUGAGUUUACAGUUAAUCCAAAAAAUGGUCAUAAGUUUUUAUGGCAUGCUUGUGAGAAAGUGUUUGAACAAAUUAAGUCGAUGAACAUUUUGAAGAUCAGAUGAACACUGCUAUGAUUAAAUAUGCUUUGAAGAAUGGAAUCUAUCAUAUGAUAGAAUGUGGCGAAAAUGUUGACUUUAGCUGGGCAGUAGAUGUCAAAGUGGUUUGUGCGAGGUUAAUGGGUGUGGAAGACAUUUACAUGAAUACCAUUAGGUCUGAAUUGUUUGAAAUCAUUAAGGAACGACGUACUUUUUGAGAAAAGAUGUACUUGAGGAACUACUAUUUCAUUUGUUUAUGACACGGAAUAUAAGAUAUAUUGGUUUGAUGAUAGCUUAAUUUAUUUACAAAUUAUUGCAAACAGAAUUGAUGGAAAUAACGAAAGAAGAUUAUCGGCAAGGGAAUUAUUGAAACAAGUAAAAUUUGUUUGGUUUGAGGACUUAGACUCAACAUAUUUAACAAACCAUCAUCAUUUGACUGUCUCUUUGCGUGCUAACGUUACGUCUCUUUGUGUGUCGUCCAAUGAAGAACUUCUUUCUGUAGGAUAUGAAAAUGGUCAAAUAUCUAUUUUUGAGCUUCCUGAAUU